UUGCAAGCCAUGGUUCUUCCCAGCAAAUUCCUUUUUUGGUUUGGCUGCUUUUCCUGGCUGGGUUUUCCCAUUAGCCUCGGUUCUCAGGCUUCUAGGGGAGAAGCUCAGAUUGCAGCUAGUGCUGAGUUAGAAUCUGAGGCUGAACCUUGGUCCUUGCCGCAGCCGACGGGUAGGAGAGACGGGUCAGGCCUCCUCUCCCCUCUCUUCAAAGUUCUGUGUGAUGAGCCAGGCGGGGCACAGAGGCUGCAGCCAGACUCCGGAGCUUUGCGCUACAUGAAGAGGCUCUAUAAGGCAUAUGCUACCAAGGAGGGGAUCCCCAAAUCCAACAGAAGUCACCUCUACAACACUGUUCGGCUCUUCACCCCUUCUGUCCAGCACAAGCAGGCCUCUGUGGACCAGGCGACAGGCGCCAUGCCAUCAGUGGGCCUGCUGUUCAACCUGGAUCGAGUUACGGCUGUGGAGCGCCUCCUCAAGUCAGCCCUGCUAUACACUUUCAACGACUCGGUGCCUUUCCCCUCUGCCAUGCAGUGCACGUGCCACCUGCUGCUGGAGGAGCCAGAGUCAUCUGGCCAGACUCUCCCUAGGGCUCCAUACUCCUUUCCCUUCGCAUCACAGUCUGAAUUUAGAAAGAAACACAAAUGGGUUGAGGUGGAUGUGACUGCCCUGCUUCAGCCUCUGGUGGCCUCUGCCAAGAGGAGUAUUCAGGUGUCUGUGAAUUUUACGUGUGCGGAAGACCGGCUGUGGUCCCCUUCAGCACGGGACAGUCCUGUUAGCCUCGUCCCCCCCUCAUUGCUUCUGUAUCUGAAUGACACGAGCACUCAUGCUUACCAGGGGUGGUAUUCCCUCCACAACAAAAGGAGCCCUCCCCAGGCUCCUGGCCAGAGAGGUCCGUCUGCCUGUCCCAUGGGAAGAGAGGCUGCCAGAGGAGUAAGAGCCCGUCACCGGAGAGGUGAGGAGACUGUCAGCUCAGAAUUGCAGAAGCCUCUGGCUUCCUUCAAUCUGAGUGAAUACUUCAAACAGUUUCUUUUUCCCCAAAAUGAGUGUGAGCUCCAUGACUUUAGACUUAGCUUUAGUCAGCUGAAGUGGGACAGCUGGAUUGUGGCCCCGCACAGGUAUAACCCCCGAUACUGUAAAGGGGACUGUCCCAGGGCCGUUGGGCAUCGCUACGGCUCUCCGGUUCACACCAUGGUGCAGAACAUCAUCUACGAGAAGCAGCUCGAUGACUCCGUGCCACGGCCCUCGUGCGUGCCUGCCAAAUACAGCCCCUUGAGCGUGCUGACCGUGGAGCCCGAUGGCUCCAUCGCCUACAAGGAAUACGAAGACAUGAUAGCCACUAAGUGCACCUGCCGUUAGCACGCGGUCCUCCGAGCCAAAACACUGAGCUUCUUCAACAAAGCGAAUGCCUACCUGUGCCUUCAGGACAAAGCUUCAUGUGUCAGAUUGCUAAAUGCACUGCAGUGUGUCUUGCAUGAGGAGGGACCUGUGCAGAUUGGCAGUCUGUGGCACUUAUUGAUGUAAAGGGUUAACCUCGGCCUUUUUUAUUUGCAAAUGUAAAUAAUUAUUUUGGAGAGCUUUCACUUUCUUUCCCUAAGCAUUUUUUGUAAGAGUAUUGUUUUUGAUGUUGAAAAAACUUCAUAAGCAUUAAUCUUGGAUGCAAUUACACUCCAAACAGACAAUUCCAAGUGUCGGAGUCUUAUUUAAUGGGAGAAUAAAGUCCUGUCACAGCAUGGGUUUCCUGUGCGUGUGUGUAUUAA